CUGCGAAGAAGCAUUAAAUUCAAAGAAUUCUCUGUUAACGGAAUUAUUGAUUGAAAACCCUAGCUGAGUUUCGCGCCAUGGAAAAGAGCUCUUCAUCCGCUUCAGCUGCGGCGUCCAACUCCACUGCUUUCUCCUUCAUUUCCAAAGGUUGGAGAGAGGUUCGCAACUCCGCCGACGCCGAUUUGCAGCUCAUGAAAGACCGUGCCAAUUCCUUCAAGAAUCUCGCUGCCUCUUUUGACAGGGAAAUCGAGAACUUAAUACAAUCCGCCGCUCCGACUUUCUCCGUGCCAGCGAUCCGACAAUCCUCGGAAAUCGACUUCAUGAAGAAGCUGCAGCCUAAGAUAUUGGAGUUUCGCAGGGUUUAUUCCGCUCCCGAGAUUAGCCGGAAAGUGAUGGAAAAAUGGGGACCGAGGGCGAAGUUGGGGAUAAACUUAUCAAGGAUAAGGAGCGCCAUCGUGGCCGAGUUGGACGAGACCCAUGAGGAGGAUAUGUAUGGAAUUACGGAAUUCAAUAAGUUUAGGAAAGGUAGGAGGUUGGGGUUUACAGAGGAAGGGAGUUUGGGGGAUUGGGAGCCAAUUCGGGCGUUGAAGACCAGGUUAAGAGAGUUUGAUAAGAAAAAUUAUUCGGUGGAGAUCUUUGGUGGAUUUAAGAAUAGUGAGUUUGUUGAGAAAGUUAAGUCCAGUUUGAAAGCAAUAUGCAAGGAACCUCAGGAGUCAAAGGAAGUACCCCCAUUGGACUUACCUGAACUUCUAGCCUAUCUUGUCAGACAAUCUGGGCCUUUUCUGGACCAACUUGGUGUCAGAAGGGAUAUAUGUGACAAGAUAGUUGAGAGCUUGUGUAGCAAACGUAAGAACCAACUUGUUUUGCGUUCCCUUGCCGAAGGAGAACCCCCUACUGCUGACAGUGAUAAGAUAAAUGAUGAACUGGAUUUAAGGAUUGCCAGUGUUCUUCAAAGUACAGGGCAUUGUUAUGAGGGGGGCUUUUGGACAGACUUCACAAAGCAUGAUAUUUCAGAUGGGAAAAGGCAUGUUGCCAUUGUUACAACUGCUAGCCUUCCAUGGAUGACGGGAACUGCUGUAAAUCCACUUUUUCGAGCAGUGUACUUGGCCAAAUCGGCAAAACAAAAAGUUACACUUUUGGUUCCCUGGCUUUGCCGAUCUGAUCAAGAACUUGUUUAUCCGAGCAGUCUCACUUUCAGUUCACCAGAAGAGCAGGAGAAUUAUAUACGUAACUGGGUUGAAGAAAGGACUGGAUUUAAGGCUGAUUUUAAAAUUUCAUUUUAUCCGGGAAAGUUUUCAAAAGAAAGGCGAAGCAUAAUACCUGCUGGAGACACUUCUCAGUUUAUUUCAUCAAAAGAUGCAGACAUUUGUAUUUUGGAAGAACCUGAACAUCUGAACUGGUACCAUCAUGGUAAAAGAUGGACUGAUAAAUUCAACCAUGUUGUUGGUAUUGUCCACACAAAUUACUUGGAAUAUAUUAAGAGGGAGAAGAAUGGUGCUCUACAAGCCUUUCUUGUGAAACACAUCAACAAUUGGGUCAGUAGAGCAUACUGCCACAAGGUUCUUCGUCUUUCUGGUGCAACUCAGGAUCUACCGAAGUCCGUGAUUUGCAAUGUUCAUGGAGUAAAUCCAAAGUUUUUGAAAAUUGGGGAGAAAGUUGUUGAAGAAAGGGAACUUGGGCAGCAAGCCUUUUCUAAAGGAGCAUACUUCUUAGGCAAGAUGGUUUGGGCUAAAGGGUACAGAGAGUUGAUAGAUUUGUUGGCAAAGAACAAGAAUGAUCUUGAAGGUUUCAAGUUGGAUGUGUAUGGAAAUGGUGAGGAUGCAAAUGAAGUUCAGAGUACUGCUAAGAGGUUGAAUUUGAACCUUAAUUUUCUGAAAGGAAGGGACCACGCCGAUGAUUUUCUUCAUGGGUACAAAGUCUUCAUAAACCCUAGUGUCAGUGAUGUACUUUGCACAGCUACCGCGGAGGCACUUGCGAUGGGAAAAUUCGUAAUAUGUGCGGACCAUCCCUCGAAUGAGUUCUUUAGUUCAUUUCCCAACUGUCUGGCUUACAAGACAUCUGAAGACUUUGUUGCGAAAGUAAAGGAAGCAUUGACAAAAGAGCCUCAACCUCUUACUCCUGAGCAAAUGUACAGCCUGUCAUGGGAAGCUGCCACCCAAAGAUUUGUAGAAUAUUCGGAGCUUGACCGAGUUUCAAAUAACGAACAUGAUCCUGCAAAAGUGAGACCUAAUGGAAACAUAAUUGCAAAAUCGUUUUCAAUGCCAAAACUUUCAGAGAUGCUCGAUGGGGGUUUAGCAUUCGCCCACUAUUGCCUCACGGGGAACGAGUUUCUUAGACUUUGCACCGGGGCAAUACCCGGUACACGUGAUUACGACAAGCAACAUUGUAAAGACCUUCAUCUCGUACCUCCACAGGUGGAAAAUCCUAUCUAUGGCUGGUAAGUAAAUAGUUAAGCUCUACGUGUAAGGUGCCAACCAUGUUUGUUAGUCUAAAGGUUUCUUUGUUGCUUAAUAACAUAUUUGCUUAAGAAGACAGAUAUGAGAUAUCCAGACAGCUCACUAUGAGUUUUGUAUUGUUUUAGGGCUUUUCUCCCUUGUGAUAUAUAUAUAUAUAUAUAUACAUAGAAGAAAUAGAUGUUGAAGUAUUUUAAUGUAGGGAAA